AUGUCGAAGGAUAUUUAUUUGAAGAAAAUACUUGGCGAAGAAUGUGUUUCUCGUAUUCGGAAUUCAAAAAUCCUUAUGGUAGGAGCAGGAGGUAUUGGAUGCGAAUUACUUAAAGAUUUGGUGUUAAUUGGUUAUGGAGAGAUUCACAUUGUUGACUUGGAUACAGUCACUUUAUCUAAUUUAAACCGUCAAUUCUUAUUUCGCCAAAAGGAUAUCGAUAAAUCAAAAUCAUUCACCAUUGCCAAUGCUGUACAAUCGUUUAAUUAUUUAGGAGUUAAGUUGAUUCCUCAUCAUGGCAAUGUCAUGGAUACCAAACAAUUCCCCAUUGAAUGGUGGGAACAAUUCAAUUAUAUUUUCAAUGCAUUGGAUAAUUUAGAAGCAAGAAGAUAUGUAAACAAAAUGGCAUUAUUUUUGAGAAAGCCAUUAAUGGAAAGUGGCACCACUGGGUACGCUGGUCAAAUCCAACCCAUUUAUCCAUAUUACAGUGAAUGUUUUGAUUGUCAUCCCAAAGAAACCCCAAAAUCUUUCCCUGUAUGUACCAUUAGAUCUACACCAUCUCAACCUGUCCAUUGUAUUACCUGGGCUAAAGAAUUUUUGUUCCGUCAACUCUUUGAUGAAAAUGAUAAUUCAAAUUCAAUGAAUGAUACCAAUCAGAUUCGAAAUGAAACAGAUGACAAAGAAGAAUUAGAGAAUUUAAAUAAAGAAGCCAACGAAUUGAUUGAAUUGCGUUCUAAAAUUCUACUGUCAGAUCUGAAUUCCUUUAUCAAUGAAUUGCUUGAAAAGAUUUUCAAAGUUGAUAUUGAAAGAUUAUUAAAUAUUGAAACUUUGUGGAAGACUAGAAAAAAGCCCAUUCCAUUAGAUAUGACUGAGUACAGAGACGCCUUACAACAGCUAUUGGAACAAGAACUGAGUAGUUCAAUAUUGACUGCAGAUACAAAAGUAUGGACCAUUUUAGAAAACAUUUAUUCAUUGUACAAGUCCAGUAAGUCAAUCCAAAAACGGUUAAAAUCCGGUAAUGAACCAUUUAUUACAUUUGAUAAGGAUGAUGAAGACACUUUAAUAUUUGUAGCUGCCGCUUCAAAUUUAAGAUCUUUUAGUUUUGGCAUCUCCAUGAAAUCCAAAUUCGAUAUCAAGGAGAUUGCCGGGAAUAUUAUUCCUGCCAUUGCUACCACCAAUGCCAUAAUAGCCGGUUUUUCGAGUUUGUCUGGCACACAAUUUUUCCAACACCAAAAAGACCUUUCAAGUUCAGACUUUAGUAAUAUUUUUAAAAGGGCAUCUUCUGUGUUUAUUAGUAUAAGACCAAAUAAGUAUAUCACUGGUGAUAAGUUAUCGAAACCAGCAGAAAAUUGUGCCAGUGAUUCUCUAACAGCAAGAGGAGUGGUCACAAUUUCCAUAGACGAUCUUACUGUUUUAACUCUCGAUGGAUUUAUUGACAAACUUGCUGAUAGCUACGGAUACAUCAAAAAAGACAUAUCUAUUCAAAUUGGGAAAUCAAAGUUAAUCUAUGAUAUUGAUUUUGACGAUUACCUCCAAACUAAAUUAAAGGACGUUCCUGGAGUGGCUAACGGAGAAAUCAUGCUCAUACAGGAUGAUGCUGACGAGUUAGAGAAUUUGGAAUUGUAUUUAAAUAUAAAGGAUGAUACUGUUGAGUUUAGAUUACCAGCAUUAGAGUUGAGACCCAAAAAAGUGACUUCACAGAUUAAUCACCACGAAGAGAGUAAUGGCGAGUAUGCAAAAGAGUUAGAGGGAGGAACCAUUUUGUUGGAUGAUGAUGAUGAUGAACUGUUUGGAGACGAAAUCGAAAUACUUGAUGAUAAUGAUAAUGAGGGGGAGGAAGAGGACAAACUUGUAGAACCACCUGUAAAGAAAAGAAAACUUUAG